AUGACAGGAGUUAAUGUGUUACUAAAUACUGAGAGUCCUUUGGAUCUACGGGUAAAGGAUAGGGUUAGCAACGUUCCUACGGUGGGUAUAGCGAGUGAUACACGAGGGUUUGUUAACAACAGAUUUGGGGUUUUGAGUGCAGCGUCCAUGGAUCUACCUUCAGAUCACAUAGAUGGGGAUGGUUUGAACCUUGGGCAUUCUAACGAUACUGAGGUUGUGGAGAAAUCUUCGAAUCAGGAAGAACGAAGGGCGGUAAAACCCUCAGACUUUCAACAAUUGGCCGAUCAUAUAGCGAUAUUGAAAGACCCAUCCUCAUCGAUAAUGACCUCGCCAUCUACCGCGGGUUCAUUAUUUUCAGCGCGAUGGUCAGAUCGUACGGAUUUUGAAACCCCUUUGUUUCAAAACCUACCUGAUAGUGUCCUGGUUGCUCGAAACAGGCUUGAUGGUAAGAAUCAGGAUGAGAAUCUUCUAGAUCGUCCUACAGAUGUAGGGCUGGAAGAAAAUACUGUCUCAGUCGAGGUGGUCCAAACUACUGAAGAGAUCCCAGUGCAGACGCCGAACCUCGGAGAUGUUGGUCGCGAAGAUAUGGCUUCCCGAAGGGGUGGGCUUUCAAAUUUCAGAGGAGGUAGAGGAGGUAGAGGGCAAGGAGGAGGCAGAGGUCAAGGCCCUUCGAAAUCCUGGGCUGAUGUGGCUGCAUCCUCAUCGAGAUCUAACAUCCCGUUGAGGUAUGUCCCCCCUAUUCGGAGUGAUGGCUAUGUUAGUGUGAGUCUCCUCCCAAGGCCCAACCCCUUAGAGAAAUGGGAUUCAUGUCUGGUAGGGUACUUCCUGGACAAAGGGGUGGCUUAUAAUUACUUGAAAAACAGUGCGUUUGUUUUAUGGAAAAAUAAGGGUUUGAAGGAAGUUCUAGCAAAUGGAGAAGGCUUUAGCUUCUUCAUUUUUGAAAGCCCUGAAUGUUGUAGUGCGGUCCUUGAAGGAGGGCCAUGGUACAUAGGGGGUUCUAACCUUUUUCUGAAAAAAUGGACUCGGAUGAUGAAGCUUUCGAAGGAAAAAUCUACUACUGUUCCAGUCUGGGCUAAGUUUUUCAAUGUGCCUUUUGAGUAUUGGGAUAGUGAUGGGUUGAGCCGGAUUGCAAGUGCCGUAGGUACUCCUCUGUUUAUGGAUCAACUCACUGAACAGGGGAGUAAAGUGUCCUUUGCCAGAGUCUACGUGGAGGUCGAAGCAACAUCCACUCUUCCAUCGAUGUUUAAAGUUAAUUGUGAAGAUGCAGAAGCUGUAGUAAAAGUCGAAUAUCAGGGUUUACCCCCUAAAUGCGACCACUGUGUAGUUUUUGGGCAUGACACUACCAAAUGUGUUAAGACUCAAGUGGCGGCCCUGUUAAACCUCCAGAAACAAACAGAAGACAACCCAGAUCCGGGAUGGGAAACUGUCAAAGCCAAGGGUAAGAGAAAGGUUGAUGUCCCUAAGACAGAUACUCCUGCAAAUUCAAAGGAGGAUGGCCUACCGAAAUCUGAUGUAAGGCAGAGUAUACAGCUAGAGCAUAUUCAGGAGGAGUCAGUGGAGAUUGAAGGGGAAAUUGAGGUUCAGAAAACCAUCCCAGCACCAUCAGCAGUGUCUACUCCAUCUGAGGGGGAGGUUGAGGUUCAAGAGAUAGAUGGCUUGAAGGCUUUGAAGAACAGUCUGAUGGAAAUUACCAGUUUGGUUCUUCCCAAUGAUGUAGAAUUGCGGGCUAAAGUGGAAAAUCUAGUGGAAACCACCCCUGGUAGUUCGGCCACUAAAAAGGCUCAAAUUGGCACUAAGGCAAAAGGAAGCUCCUCUGGCAAAGGAAACAAGAGCCAGAGGAAGAAACGCAGAGGAUUUAAUAAUCCUCAUCGACUGAAGGAGGUUAAAAUUUUUUUGUUAAAUGAAGACAUUAAAAUCUUGGGCAUUUUGGAAACGAAAAUAAAAGCUUUAAAUGAACAGCAGAUUGUUUCUGGUGUAAACAAUUGGCCCUUUUUGACUAACUCACAACCUACUAAAACUGGGAGGAUCUGCGUCUGCUGGGACCCAGCUUUUUGUAAGGUUACAUUGUUAUCAGCUUCUGACCAAUAUAUUUUUUGCGAAGUUCAUGAAUUUUCGUCUAAUAACAUAUUUAAAAUCUGUUUUGUUUAUGCUGAUAAUAAACCUGACAUUCGAAAAGAGUUUUUUGAGUUUUUGGCUACGACUUCCCAUUUGCAGUCCAAAACUCCUAUCAUGUUUCUGGGGGACUUCAAUGCUAUAAGAUACCCGUAUGAGAAAUCUGGGGGCUCUGCCAAUAAGAGAACUAGUGGGGAUUAUAUCGCAACCAAAAUUGAUAGAGUGCUGGUUAAUGAGGCUUGGCUGGAUACCUUUCCUGCCUCUUUUGCCACAUUUUUACCCUCUGGCAUAUCUGACCACUCUCCUGCUGUGGUUAAUGUUUCUGACAAGAAAUCUUCUUUUAAGAAAGCUUUUAAAUAUUUUGACUUUUGGGCCGACCAUAAGGACUUUAAUUCUGUGGUUUCUAGAGUUUGGAAUCAGUAUAUUUAUGGUGUUCCUAUGUAUAGGGUGUGCCAAAAAUUGAGAUAUUUGAAGCCUGAACUUAAGGCUCUGAACAAGAAAGACUUUAGUGACAUAACUACUAGAGUCCAAACCUCUAAGGGUGAGCUCUUCUCUGCUCAAUGUAAGCUGGAUAAGGAUCCGAGUAAUUAUGAGUUGCAGAAAAUUGAGCGCACUAUCUUUAAGCAGCAUGUUGACCUCCUGGCUGUUGAAGAGAGUUUGGCUCUCCAGAAAUCUCGUGUCCAGUGGCUUAGCCAGGGGGAUAGAAAUAGUAGCUUCUUUUUCAAAACCAUUAAGGGUAAUAUCAAUAGGGGUAAGAUUUUGAAUCUGGAGUUGAUGGAUGGCCAAAAAUCUUCUAAAAUAGAGGACAUCCAGAAUGCAUUCACAAACUUUUUCUCUGGUUUGUUUGGUACCCCGUUUGAUGACCAGUAUCAUGGUUUUGCUAGAAUUCAGUCCCUGGUUAAGACCCGUGUUUCUCCUGAUCAAUCUCUUUUGCUUGCGAGCCCUGUGACUGACCAAGAGAUCAAGGAUACUUUUUGGUCUCUUAAGACCAAUAAGGCUCCCGGUCCUGACGGUUUCUCUGCGGGUUUUUUUAAGUCAACGUGGGCUAUUGUUGGAAGAGAUGUUAUCCAAGCCAUUAGAACGUUCUUUGAGUCUGGCAAGCUUCUGUCUGAAGUUAAUAGCACAAUCAUUGCUCUCAUUCCCAAAGUCCCCAACCUUGCGAAAGUGGGUGACUUCAGGCCUAUUUCUUGUUGCAACACCAUCUAUAAGUGCAUUGCCAAGAUCAUAGCUAACAGGAUUAAAUCCGUUCUCCCUGAUCUUAUUGACCCUGUUCAAUCCGCUUUUGUUCAGGGUCGGAGAAUUUCUGAUAAUAUCGUCCUAUCUCAAGAGCUUAUGAGGGGGUACCAUAGGCAUUCCCCUACUCCGAAGUGUGCUAUGAAGGUGGAUAUCAUGAAAGCUUAUGAUAGCGUGAGAUGGGAUUUUAUACUUGAUAUUCUCAAGGCUAUGGCCUUUCCUCCUGUCAUGAUCUCUUGGAUCAAGGCCUGCAUCACUAGCCCUUCCUUUUCAAUUUGUAUCAAUGGUAGCCUUCAUGGCUAUUUUAAAGGAGCUAGAGGUCUUAGACAAGGUGACCCUAUGUCCCCUUACUUAUUUGUUUUGGCCAUGGAAAUCCUGGCCAAAAUCUUGGCGGAGAAAGCUAAGCACCCUCUUUUUAAGUUUCAUUGGAAGUGCGACAAGACUAAAAUUAUCAAUCUUUGCUUCGCGGAUGAUCUUAUGAUCUUUAGUAGGGGUGAUGCCUCUACUGUUAAGCUCAUUAUGGAAGGCCUUAAGGAGUUUUCAUCCUUGUCUGGCCUAAUUCCUAAUCCCAGCAAAAGUAACAUCUACUUUUCUGGUUGUGAUAUGGAGUUGAGAGCUUCUAUUCUUGAGAUUGCUAAGUUUAAUGAAGGGACUCUUCCUGUUAGGUACCUUGGUGUCCCCUUAAUUACCACGAAGUUGAGGGCUGCUGAUUGUGGUCCUCUCAUUGAUAGGAUCACCAAAAGAGUGAAGAGUUGGACCAAUAGAGCUUUAUCUUACACUGGUAGAAGCCAGCUCAUUCAAUCCAUUCUCUUUUCUAUGCAAGUGUACUGGUCCUCCCUUUUCAUCCUCCCCAAGAAGGUCAUUAGGGAGAUUGAUAGUAUUCUUAAAGCCUUCCUUUGGUCUGGAACUGAUCUUAAAACUCAUAGUGCCAAAAUUGCCUGGGAUUCUGUGUGUGCUCCGAAAAAUGAGGGAGGUUUGGGCUUUAAAUCUUUAGAUAUUUGGAAUAGAGCGGCCAUAGCUAAACACAUUUGGUUUUUGUUCUCUGGGGGUGAGGGAUCUAUGUGGUGUCAGUGGGUCAAAUCUUACUUAUUAAAGGGGAAGAGUUUCUGGAUAGUUAAGGUUCCUAAUGACCCCUCUUGGGUGUGGAGAAAAUUAUUGUCUCGUAGGAAGUGGGUUUCCCCACUGAUUAAGCAUAAGAUUGGGUGUGGGGACACCACUUUCCUUUGGUUUGAUAAUUGGCAUCCCAUUGGUCCUCUUUGGAACAAAUUCGGGGAUAGAAUUAUUUAUGACUCUGCCCUUAACAGUGAUACAAAAGUCAGUAAAAUCAUUGAUGGGUCUUCUUGGAAGUGGCCUUUUCCCAAUUCUUGGGAAAUUCAGGAGCUAAUCUCCUCUACUCCUGUGUGUUUUCUUCCUAAUCCUUCCAGCACUGAUCAAGCUAUUUGGAAUCUUACCACUGAUGGUAAGUUUUCCAUUCAAUCAGCCUGGAAUCAUUGGAGAAAGAAAUUCGAUAAAGUGGUUUGGCAUAAGCUUAUGUGGGGCCCUCACAGAAUCCCUAAAGUCAGCUUCAUUGUUUGGGUGGCUCUCCACAACAGACUUUACACUGGUGAUAGGCUCCGUAUGUUUGGCCUGUCCACUAGCUCUCAAUGCCCCUUUUGCCACCACCUGGAGGAAAGCCACUCUCAUCUAUUCUUUGAAUGCAUCUUCUCUAGUAGAGUCUGGAGUGCCAUUGAAGUCGCUUGUAACAUUAAGUGGCCUGUCCUUGGCUGGCCUGAGAGUGUUACUUUUGCUUCUAAGGAGACUAAAGGCAACUCUUUGAGGGUGAAUAUCAUUAGUAAUGCAUUCUUGUGUUUUGUUUACAUGAUCUGGAUUGAGAGAAAUAACAGAAUUUUUAACAAAGAGCUAAAACCUGAAGAGGUGGUCAUUAAAUCUGUUAUCCAAAUGGUUAGAAAUAGAAUGCUGUCAAUUAAGAAUAUUCCUAGAUCCAAUGGUUACAAUUGGUUUCUUGAUAAAUGGAGUUUGCCGGAGACAAUUCUGAAGCCCCAUAGCAUCAGAAAUGGGAGGGCUGCUGAGUGA